AUGUCUUCGGAUGCGAAGAAGAUGGAGCAACCAACCGAUAAGCGUUCGUCUACAUCGCCGAAAAAGCGAAAGAAGAAGAAGUCACACAAGAAGAAAAAGAGAUUGACAGAAGAUGGCGAAUCGCUAGCCGCAUGUUCGGAUCGAGAAUGGGACGUUGCCGAUCCAGCUUAUGGCUCUGAAUUGAUCAAUCUGAAGAAGAAACCGGUACUUUGCUUGAAACUCUUCAUGCUGAUUCAUUUGUGA